CUAAAGUUGAUGCAGAGUACUAGACAUCUAGUCUUUAGCUGCUAGAUCACCCUUGACGCGAGACGGUCUCCGAUCGCAAGCACAUUCCACUUCGCCCAACCCUCUUCGUUUCCGCCCACCCGUCAAGAUGAAGAUUGCUUGCAUCGGUGCUGGCUAUGUCGGUGGCCCCACCAUGGCCAUGGUCGCCCUGAAGUGCCCCGACAUCGAGGUGGUCGUCGUUGAUAUCAACGAGGAGCGCAUCAAGGCCUGGAACAGCGACAAGCUGCCCAUCUACGAGCCUGGCCUGCUGGAGGUUGUGCAGGAGGCCCGCGGCCGCAACCUGUUCUUCUCCACGGACACCAAGAAGCACGUUGGCGAGGCUGACAUCAUCUUCGUCAGUGUGAACACCCCCACCAAGACCCACGGUAUUGGUGCCGGCAAGGCCGCCGACCUGACCUACUGGGAGGGUGCCGCCCGCCUGAUUGCCUCGGUGUCCACCAGCAGCAAGAUCGUGGUUGAGAAGUCGACCGUGCCCGUCAAGACCGCCGAGGCCAUCGGCAAGGUGCUGCGCCGCAACUGCCAGGACCCCAACGUGAACUUCGAGAUCCUGUCCAACCCCGAGUUCCUGGCUGAGGGCACGGCCAUUGAGGACCUGCAGCACCCCGACCGCGUGCUGAUCGGUGGCGCGGAUACCGAGUCGGGCCAGAAGGCCAUUAAGACUCUGGCUGAGGUCUACGCUCACUGGAUCCCCCGCGAGCGCAUUCUGACCGCCAACCUGUGGUCGGCUGAGCUGGCCAAGCUGACCGCCAACGCCUUCCUGGCGCAGCGCAUUUCCUCCAUCAACGCCAUCUCGGCGCUGUGCGAGGCGACCGGCGCUGACGUGAGCCAGGUGGCGCAUGCCAUCGGCACGGACAGCCGCAUUGGCCCCAAGUUCCUGAACGCCUCGGUGGGCUUCGGUGGCUCGUGCUUCCAGAAGGAUAUCCUGAACCUGUGCUAUGUGUGCGAGACCGUCGGCCUGAAGGAGGUGGCUGACUACUGGUACCAGGUGGUUUCCAUGAACGACUACCAGAAGCAGCGCUUCGUGGAGCGCGUCAUCGGCGCCAUGUUCAACACCGUGUCGCAGAAGAAGAUUGCCAUCUACGGCUUCGCCUUCAAGAAGGACACCGGCGACACUCGCGAGACGCCCGCCAUUGACGUGUGCAAGGGCCUCAUCCGCGACGGCGCCAAGUGCUGCAUCUACGACCCCGAGGUCACCCCCGAGCAGAUCUUCCGCGACCUGUCCGCGCCCAAGUUCGAGUGGGAUCGCCCCAACUACAGCCGCAGCCAGAGCCACAUGCUGGAGAACGUGCAGGUGCAGUCGGACCCCAUCGCUGCUGCGGACGGCGCCCACGCCAUUUGUGUGCUGACCGAGUGGGAUGAGUUCAAGAAGUACGACUUCGCCGCGCUCUAUGAGAAGAUGGUCAAGCCCGCCUUCAUCUUCGACGGCCGCAACAUCCUGGACCACGCCAAGCUGCGCGAGAUCGGCUUCAUCGUCUACGCCCUGGGCAAGCCGCUGGACCAGUUCCUGCAGAAGAACUACUCGUAAACAGUGGCGCGUUGGCAGCAGCGCCGUCUGUGGCGGCCGCAGCGCUGGGACAGUUGGCGUGCUGGUUGCAGCGUGGUGCUGUGGCGCAAUGUGGUUGGUGGGUGAAGGCAUGAACCCGUGGGUUUUUAGGCUCGUGACAGGGUAGUGGGGUGUUCACAACAACAUUAUUUAGCAACUGCCGCGGCUAUGAUGAUUGGUCGGCGCGGCGGAAUGCAUCGGACUCGGCCCUGCUAGUUACCGGUAAUGGGGCGAUAGCGCUGACUUGAUAAGCUAUUCUAGGACCCCCGCGUGAGUAUGCCGUCAUCAUGGAUUUUCAUCAUGACUGCGGUGUGGAGCAGGUUGGACUGACUGGCAGAUUUGCAGGUGACUGGUGCAAAACAUGCUGAGUGAUGCAGUGUAUAGCCUCUUGUUGUGCAGACAGCACUGUAAUAAUUGAACAUGGCAAUAAUUGUCCCUGUUAUCGACGUGCUUGAAAGAACGCAACACGCACAAGCGAACAUGACGUUGUAGAGCCGAGGCCAGUCCCUGUAGGACGAGAGCAGUGGUCAGGACCCUUCACUGUCUAGAGCCCGAGGCUGCCAAUCAAUCGGGGUGCAAAACAAUGAAGCCGAUAAUAUAUUGCAGGAGACAGGAUACAACCGUGGGAUACAACGCUUGAACC